AUGGCGUACAACAAAGGCUUCAACCCGGACAGGCUGCCUAUGCACGCCGAGCCUGAGCAGGCUGCUGCGAUGAUGUCGCAAAACGCAUCCGCGGCCUCACGCCCACCGCGCACCAGCUCCGCGCGUCCCGACUACAACAAACCUCCCCCACCCGUUCCCAGCGGUCAGAGAUACGACACUCGUCCCGAUGAGCGCUACGGUGGUGGACGCGGCGCAGGAGGUGGUGGAUAUGACAGCAGACCCCCACCAGGCGCAUACAGCGACCCGCGGUACGACGGCCGAUACGACGCGAGGCCAGACAACAGAAUGGGAGUUGGAUCGCCUCCACCAGUCAACUAUGGUCAUGGACCUCCGCCACAAGGAUACCAUGGAAGGCCGCAGUUGGCGCAGCAGUCGAGGCCGCCGCCUACUCCUGCGCCGCCGCCAAGAGAUGCGAAUGACCGCGAAGCGCUGUGGAGGCUGUUCGGCGCGGUCGACAAAGACA